AUGCCUACUCAGACAAUGAAUCCUACUGAAAGGGGGUUAGCCGAGGUAAACGAUGCUUCGCGGACACUCCGAGAGGCGAGAGAAACUCUGCGCCUGUUUGAUCUGCUUCAACAGAAUUCGAAAUCGUCUUCUUCUGUUGAGAUUGAUGCAACACAGAUGUGGGAGUUUCAGGUCGUUGCUGAGCGUCUGAAGGUCCUACAGGAGAAAGUUCACGCGCUUAUUAAUGCAGUAGUGGAUGGAAUUUCGACCGACAUCACUGAAGACGAUGAGAUAGCUCUGGCUUAUUUUACGAGCCUGAACGAUGAGCUUCUGCGUUGUGUCGAAAUAUGCCGGCAGACGGCACGGAAAUAUGAGGUUAGUAUCCUCACUUAA